UAUAUAUAAUGUUGUACUAUAUCUAUAUAUACAUUGAAGCGAUCGUAUAUAUGUUCGAAAUAGUUAAUAAUCCGAGAAAAAGAGAACGGGAAUGCUAACCACGACCUGUGCAAAGCGCGCGAUUGUCCGCUGCUAUCCCUCGCAGAACGUGCUGCAUAUACCACCAGAACACAGGAGAUUCCGCCGUGUUCAUGGUCUACAGCUACCGCUACAUCCUCAGCAAGUAAUCGGUUGGGUAUUGCUAAUUGUCGUGUUUGCUGGUACUUUUACUGUGCUGCUGACGACACCGUUGUUACCUGAUCUGCGUUUUACUCUCUCAUUGCUAUUUGCUGUGUUGUUCCUGCUUCAUGUGCUGACCCAUCUGACGGUACUACUACUGGAUCCGGCCGAUCCUGAAGUACGUGCUCGGCCGAUCAACGAAGUUGUGCCAGAAUUCGACCGUACGAAACACCAGCAUGUUAUCGAGAACGGCCGAUGUCAUCUAUGUAAUAUCACGACGCGCGAUUUGUGUACUAAACAUUGUUCUAUCUGUAACAAAUGCGUGCCACGUUUCGAUCACCACUGCAAGUGGCUAAACAAUUGUAUCGGAAGUCGUAAUUAUCCGGCAUUCCUGGCGUGCUUGACAUCGACAUUAAUUAUUGCGCUCGCAGUUACCGCGCUUGCUCUGGGCGAACUGGUGCUUGUUAAUGCGCAUUCAGUUGUGAACGAUGGAUAUUGGGAUAAUAGCAAUGACAACGAUACGAGGAUGAACAACGCCACGGCGCCAUCGUUGCCGGUACCUGGCACCGGCUCACUUGUUCUUGCUACUCUCAUCGGUGUUCUCUCGACAGUUGCUGCCGUUCUGCUUAUACAUCUCUGCUUUUUCCAUGGCUAUAUUGCUUGUCUCGGUCUCACUACGUACGAAUACGUGCGUAGAAAGCGGGAGAAGAGCUCUGCUGGCAUUGCCACUGGCUCUAGAAUGACUUCUUCUAGUAAUCUAUGCGGUGCACCUUACUGCGAUACCGGUGACAGAGAAGAUAUUGACCAAGUGGUUGGCGCACGAAGUCUAUAUUCUCAUUUCUGCAAGAACGGUUCUUUAUUCAAGAAGGGUGUAGAUACGACGAUGAUGACGGCAACGACGGAUGUGUACGUUUCCUCAACGCAUGAGGAAACGCGCAGCGGUGACAUAGCGGCGAAUGAUAAGGAUGCUUGCUCGAAGACGCUGCCCUUGAUGAAAGAUCGGAAUUUUCGUCUCUGUUUCUCGUAUGAUUCACGCACCAUUGAGACUUCUAUUAAAGUUUCCUCUUCGCGGUCGAUCAACACGAUAGAGUUGGAAAAUCAUGGGGAAUCGCCAGACCUAAAGUCAUCAUCCACGCCUUCGCCGGUAUCUUGUUGUUUCUCCAUCAUGAAUUAUUCCGAAGGCAGGUAUGACGGAAAGGAUCGAAAGCGUCGCACCGGCGGACACCGUCUCGAAUCCACAAAACGUUCCUGUGGAACGAUGAGAAGGAUACAGACGUUUUUACAGGCUCGUCUAAAAAAGAGCUCAAAAUCAAAGGCAACAACUUCGUCAUCGGCUUUUGCUCGUUCUUGCAGUAACAAGAUAAUUCCAGAUGGUCCUUCAGACAUCGCGCCUGCAAUAACCGAACAUCAUAAUCGAGUCAUCGAAACAUUAGUGGCGGAGCUAACAACACCACCUACGGAUCAUCCACAUCCACCAGCGAGAUUACCCACUAUGGAUGUUCCGAGUACCGUCCACAAGAUUAGAAAAGUACUUUCGAAUACCGGGAACAUCCCCGUUUUGGAACCGAUAUCGCCUUCCGUAAUGCCUAAACGGAAUCAAACUUAUCUCAGUAGCCGGCGAAAUACAAACUUCUCCAGGAAGAGGCCACGCUUUAAGCUCGGCUCAUAUGUCACGCAGACCGCUCAAUUGUCACCGAUACCAGAGUCAGAGUUUUCAAAACCGACUACACCUAGAUCGCCGUUGCGAUCGGGUCCCACUUUCGCCUUCCCGCCAUUACGCGAGUAACUUUAUCAGCAGCAUCUUACCGAGAGACAUUGUCUUUAGUAAUGGAUAUGUUUUGCCGUUCUUUUAGAAAUAAAAUCCCGAAAAGUACUAAGAUAUACUCAGUAUCUGAGUCUAUUCAUCGAGAUAUUCUUCAUAGCUUUAUAUUUUUAAAUUUAAAUUCGAGAAUAAUGCUCAUAUACACGAUUCAUACCAGAACAUGAGAUAUUUAUCAUAUUGCACAUCUAUGCUGAUAUUUUUUUCCAUUUUUUAUUGUUUCAUUACAUACACAUUCACAUUUACGUAUUGUUAUAUAUUCUCAAAAUAAUUUCUUAUUAGUAUUAAAAUAAAAUGUAAAUUUGCAUAAAUUAUUACAAAGUUUGUUAUCUUUCAAGAAAUGUAUUCAAAGUUAUACAUAUUUAAAUUCAGACAUUAUAUGUAACAUUAUAUAUAAUUUAUCAUAUUUUUUUAUAUUCUCACAAUUUAUAAAUAAACUAAAAUAUAUGUUAAUAAUUGCAUUCGUAUCUAUAUUGAUAUGUGGACGUUAUCUAAACAGACAAAAAUUAAAUGAUAUAAAAAGAUAUGCAGCAAACGAUCAACUUCUUUAAUUUAAGAUCUUUUUUAAUUAAGUCUGCAACUACUAAAAAAGAGAAAAAAUAUCAUUUAUGGAGAUUUACA